AUGACCGACGGCGAAGGAGGAAAGGUGGUGACGGUGGUGGAAACAGAUAUCAUUCUGGGGAUUCUACUGGUGCAGCGGCGGCAGCAGCAUCUCGACAAGGCCACCCUGUUGGGCUCCCUCGUAUCAGAGGGUGUCGAUAGCGAACUGGCUGCUGUGGCUAGAGAGCGUGAGCCUACGCACCCGCCUACGCGGAGCCCGCCGUUGCCUCCGCCGCCGCCUCCGCCACCCCCGGUGGCGAGCCUGGAUGCGGAGUUGGGGGAGAUGGCCGGUCAGGAUGCACCAACAGCAUGUGGAAAUGAGGAGGUGUUGGAUUACCUAUUCCCGGAGCCUAGGGGGGAGGAAGGUGUGAAUAUGAAGACGAAGGAAGAGGAGGAACGGGCGAAUACGAAAGCUGAACUUGUUGCGAUCGGCUUUCCCGAAAACCAAAUUGCCGAGGCCAUAAAAGAGCAUCCAACACUUGAAGAUGCUACCAAUUGGAUAUUGGAUAAUUACUAG